CUGCCCGCACCACCCCAGCAUGCUUUUGGUGCCUUCAAAACGAGAAACGCCUGCUAGUUAUUUGCAGGGUUCAAAAAAUGAUACACGGUAUCUGUUGAUGGGAGAACCAAAGAGUCAGAUUUGGCGGCGCUAUGCUAGUAAAAGAAGGACUUCGAAGGCAAAGCGCAAGGUUCCUGUGGAAGAGAGCCCAGUUGAAUGGAAACCUUACAAAGAGGAGGCGGAAAGCGGCAUCCAGCUGUCUCCUCAGCAGCGAUACGUACUAGAGCUGAUCCGUAAAGGGGAGAAUGUAUUUUUCACCGGAAAUGCUGGUACGGGGAAAACCACUCUUCUCAAGGAAGUAGUAAAAUGCGCUCCAUCCGACUGUACCUUCGUGACUGCCUUGACAGGGGUGGCUGCUGUACAAGCAGGUGGCACAACCUUACACUCAUUCGCUGGAAUUGGUCUGGGCAAUGGAUCUAAGCAAGACCUCUAUAGCAUAGUAAGAAGAGGUCAAAAGGUCAAAAACUGGAAAAAUGUCAAGGUUUUGGUGAUUGAUGAAGUAUCUAUGCUUGAUGGGAAACUGUUUGAUAAGCUAGAAUAUAUUGCUUGUAAUAUGAAAAACUCCGACAGGCCCUUUGGAGGAAUACAGCUAGUUCUAUGUGGAGACUUCUUCCAGCUUCCUCCGAUUGUAAAAGUUGGGGAGACAUCUGUCAACUACUGUUUCCAGAGUAUGGCAUGGAGUAAAUGCUUACAAAAUGUUGUGGAACUUACUCAGAUCUACAGGCAAUCUGAUCCAAGAUUAAUAAAACUUUUGAAUGAAGUUCGAUAUGAGAAUUUGUCUGAAGAAUCCCUAGAACGUUUGGAGUAUCUGAAGAGGCCUUUACCCGAUGGAGACAUUGAGCCUACUAAGCUUUACUCUCAUAAUGUCCAAGUGAAUGAAGUCAACGCUCAGCACCUUGCAUCACUUCAGGGUGAUGCAGAGGAGUACCUUGCUAGAGACACAGGGAGCCUUCCGUACCGGGACAACAUGAACAAAUAUGUUAUUGCGAUGGACAAGCUGGUACUCAAGGUUGGCGCUCAGGUCAUGCUUCUUAAGAACUUGACAGAUGAACUCAUCAAUGGCUCAAGAGGGAUUGUUACUGGAUUUGAUGAGGAAAAGAGGCCUAUUGUGAAGUUCACAGAUGGCAAGGAACGUACGAUUUCAGAGAUGGACUGGAACCUUGAGAACAGUGCAGGACAGGUUCUGGCUCGUAGAGUUCAAAUACCUCUAAAACCUGCCUGGGCGAUCACCAUUCACAAAAGCCAGGGCAUGAGCAUCGACCUCCUCCAGGUGGAUUUGAGGAAUGUGUUUGCCCAGGGGCAGGCCUAUGUUGCACUUUCUCGUGCAAGGACUUUAGAAGGGCUUCAGGUGUUGUCAUUUGAUACGUCAAAGUUCACAACCAGUCCUGCUGUCAUAGACUUUUACAAGGAUAGGGUGAAGCAAGCACCCCUCCACCUUCCAGAAGACAAGUGUUCGCCGAGUAGUUCAAAUGACUCGGCGACCAGCAAGUGGUGUACGGUGCAAGAUGUUGCAUCGACGCCAUACCGCAUAGUCCAUUCAACGCCGCUUGCCGAUAAACUUCCGUCUACACAACCAAGCAAGAAACACGGAGCCUUCAUGAAAGCAUCAGAGCUACUACCGACAACAAAAUCUAGUACCAAAGGGAAAGUUUCGAAGGAAUGCCCAGAAAAGGGCCCUUUGAAUUUGUUUUUCAGAAAUCGUCAAGUGGGAGGUGAAGCAGUUAAAGAAAUCAAGGUUGGCCGGAAGUCGUCUCCUAGUCCAAAGUAUCAAGAUUCUAUGUCUGACAAUGUCUCUCGCCAUGUUCCUAAUUCUAAGAGAAGUCUCCAGCUUUCUUUUGGCAAACGUAAGCGGGCCGAAAACGAUGAACAGUGUGAUACACUGUCUCCGCAGAACACGGAAGGCUGCUUAAAUAUGACUGUGGCAAAUAAUUGUCCGCCGACUAAAAAGAAAGUGAUGUUUUUCCGGUCUGAAUCGGAAUCCUCACAGCGCGAGAAUAAGAGCAGUGAGUCCAAGGAUUCGGAUGAUUUUCAUCUUUCCUCGUUUUCUGCGAAUACGGCUCUCUGUCGGGACAAAGACAGCUGCCCCACGCCCAAAAGAGAUCAUCAUCGAGUCUGCGCAACACUUCCUGAAAGUACAGACGCUUCCUCGCAAACUGAUUUAGUCCUCUUACGGAUUGUCCCGUGUCAGGACGUUGAGUUUGUAGGCGCCCCCCCUGGAUGGUCACCAGAUGUCUCGCGGCAGGGCGUUGUCGUGCUAGGUGUCCCCCAUGGGUGGUUUUUACACAUGAUGGAAAUGUUACAGGCCGUCGUCAAGCUUGCUGUAUUGAUGAUUUUCGUCACCGUUCACUUUUAUCUAACUCAAGUAAUUUACGAUUAGAGAGACUAGUUCACAAGACACAAUUACAGUUAACGUUCUCUUUCACGAUAAAGAUUUGUACAUGAUUAAUACGACAUUAUGAACGAAAAUUAAAUGCGUUGAUAUGAUAA